UCAGUUUAUACUAGUUUCUACUCGCGAUUGUUUGUUGUGUCUAGCUGACUUUGUUUUCAUGAUCUUCGAUCAUUACCGUCAAUUAUCGUAGUCUCAACUUUUGUCUAUUGUUGUAUUGUUUUACGUUCUGCUCGCACAACGUUACCCUCCGAUCUUUUUAUUUUUAUUUCUUUUUUAAUAAUUUAUAUUUCUCUCUAGAAACGUUUUUAUACUUUAUAGCAUGAUGCUUCUAUAUAUUAGAUUUAAUAGCAGUUGUGUGUUAUAAAUUAAAGUAAUCGUGAAUGUGUGAAAGUUGAAAAAAUAGGAUAAUAAAAAGUACACAAGAAGAGAAGAAAAAUUUUGUUAGAUUAAACCAUGGCACGUACAAAGCAAACAGCCCGUAAAUCAACUGGUGGGAAAGCUCCCCGUAAACAGUUAGCUACAAAAGCAGCCCGUAAAAGUGCACCUUCUACAGGAGGUGUUAAAAAGCCUCAUCGUUAUAGGCCGGGUACAGUAGCUCUUCGAGAAAUCAGAAGAUAUCAGAAAUCUACUGAAUUGCUAAUUAGGAAACUACCAUUCCAGAGAUUAGUCCGUGAAAUUGCACAGGAUUUCAAAACUGAUUUACGUUUUCAAAGUGCAGCUAUAGGUGCUUUGCAAGAAGCAUCUGAAGCUUACUUGGUUGGAUUAUUUGAAGACACAAAUUUGUGCGCUAUUCAUGCCAAACGUGUUACUAUUAUGCCGAAGGACAUCCAAUUGGCUCGGCGAAUUCGUGGCGAACGGGCUUAAAUAAUAACGUGUAUUUCCCAUACAUACUGUUUAUUACUACUACUAUUAUUAUUGUUCGUAAUUAUUGUGGAUGAUACCUUUUCAUUCCAAGAUACAUGUUAUGUUGUAUUUCACAAAAGCAUAGAAACUGUAAGACACUCUUAUGCGUGCGUAAAAUUUCUAAUAUAAUUAAGUAAAACAUUAGAUAAAAAAUAGUAUCUUUUUGAUUAAGAAACAUUUGGAAAUUGGUUUUACUUAUACGCACGAAAUAUUUUAAAAUAUGUAGUUUUAAUAUCUGAUUUCAGAAGAAUUAUCAAUACUUUGGAAACGUUUACAAGACAUUAACAAAUAAGAGUAAUUGGUAUAUUGAGAAAUGACUGCUGAAAGAUUUACUUUAUGAAUAAGCAAAGUAAAUAAAUAUUGCUAAUUCUUUUGAAUUUACAGAGCAAAAGGUCGAGGCAAUGAUAAUUGUUUUUUCAUUAUUUGCCUACUAUUAUCAUUAAUAUCAUGAUAACAUCAUCAUUAUUAUUACUAUUGAUAUGAUAUACAGAAUAUGUGACUUAGCAAAUAAGAAAUUUGUCAUAGUGAUCUGAUGUAGUACUUGUCAUAUUAGUCUUUUGAUUGUAUUAAAAAUAUGAGAUAAAAACCUGAGUAUUCAGUGUAUAUGUAAAAACAUUUCAUAAAUAAAUCUUCCAAAUUGUA